UUCUCAUCGUGUGAUUCUAGCGGGCUGCAAAGUUGGGGAGAACAAAAUCUCCGCGGGUGACAGUUUCAGCGUGAAGACACCGAAGAAAGAGGCUGACAUUGUUUUCGUGGUGGAACAAGAUACUAUGAACGAGAAGGUCUUCAAGGACUUGAUAACACCCAUGAUGUCCGAGCUCAGGGGUGAACUGGAACAACGUGGAAUUACGGACGUGCACAUAGGUUUGAUCGGAUACAGCGAGCAGAUGAAGUGGCCGCAGCACUACACUGUGAACGGCGACACCAACAUCAACGGCGAGGUGAAGAACAUGAAGUUCUUCGAGAGCAAACCUAAACUCACCAUAGAUGAAGCGAAGGAAGGCAACUUGACGGAUCGACUGACCUAUCUGGGCCAAAGAUUGCAGGUCGAAAUGGGCAACACCAAACUCAACGACGCGUACUUGGAGGCCGUUGGGUACUCCUACAGACCUAGCGCGGCGACGGCGGUGGUCAGCGUUCUCGCGACACCCUGCGAGAAGUCAGCUUUCCCAGUUUCUGUAAGCAGAAUUUUUCAUCUAUUAGACUAAAGUUGAGAAGUCUCA